AUGACGAAACACCACUUGAUGUGUGGCACGUGGGUGAAGCCCGGCGUCAUCAUCACCGUCUCCUUCGACACCGAGACGCUGAAGCUGGAGCUGGUCAAGAAGACGGAGAUUCCACAUGAUGAGCCGAUUAGCUGGAUGGCGUUUGACCACCAACGCAAGAACAUCUACGGCUCGUCGAUGAAGCGAUGGACCUCCUUCCGCGUCGACGCGCCAGACCAGAUCGUGCAGACGGGCAGCCACCCCAUCGGCGGACACCCCAGAGCGAACGACGCCGACACCAAGACGCGCGCCAUCUUCAACCUUCCCGCAAAGAAAGCCCCGUACAAUGUGUACUGCAACCCGUUCUACGACCACGCAGGCUUUGGCAAUGUCUUUUCUGUCGAUGAGUCCGGCGCGAUGAAGGAGAACAUCCAAAACUACGAAUACUGCGACAAGACAGCCAUCCACGGCAUGGUCUUCGACCCAACCGAGACGUACCUGUACAGCGCCGACAUGUGGGCAAACCGCAUCUGGUGCCACAAGAAGACUGACGACGCCGGGCGCAUGGAGACAGUGGGCUUCACCGAGGCGACACAGCCCAAGGACCACCCGCGCUGGGUCGAAAUGCACCCCAGCGGCCAGUAUCUGUACACGCUGAUGGAGGGCGGCAACCGGCUGUGCGAAUACGUGAUCGACCCGACCACCAAGCUGCCCGUCUACACACACAAAUCCUACCCCCUGAUUCCCCCAGGCAUCCCCAACGCAGACACCAUGUACCGCUCCGACGUCGUCACCAUCACGCACUCCGGCAAGCACCUCUUCGCGACCUCGCGCGCCAACGCCUUCGACCUGACUGGCUACAUCGCGGCGUUCUCACUCGCGCCCUCAGGUGCAAUCGAGCGGCAGCUGUUCCUCAACCCGACGCCGACGUCGGGCGGGCACUCGAACGCCGUGUCGCCGUGCCCGUGGAGCGACGAGUGGGUUGCGCUGACGGACGAUGAGAAGGGCGGGAUUGAGAUAUACCGCUGGCAGGACGGGUUUCUGGGGCGGGUUGCGAGGUUGGAGAUUCCGGAGCCUGGGUUUGGGAUGAAUGCGAUUUGGUAUGAUUAG